UGGUAUUUUGGAUGAUUGAUAUUUGUUUGAGGUUUAUCUCUUGUUAUGUUGAAGGAUUGAGUGAGAUAGAGUUGUUUGAAUCAAUCUUUCUUGGCAUAGGGGGUCUCUUGGCAUAGGUUUAUUUCUCUUGGACUCUAUUAUGGCUGACAAAGGGCCCUCAUCUCUUGGCAUAGGGUCUCUUGAAUCUAACCCCUUGCAGAUUACCUCCAUUAAGUUGAAUGGUGACAACUAUCUUCAAUGGGCACAAUUUGUAAAAGUAUUUUUAGGAGCCCGUGACAAGUUGUCGUAUAUUUUGGAUGAUUCCCCAAGCUCUACAGAUGUUACCUACAAGUCUUGGACAAAGGAGAAUUAUCAAGUUAUUGCAUGGUUGUUGAAUAACAUGGAUUCCUCGAUUAGCCACUCAGUGAUGUUUUUAUCCUCGGCUAAAGGCAUUUGGGAUACGCUUCAUGAUAUGUUCUCGGAAUCUCAGAAUUUUUCACGGGUAUUCCAGCUUAUUCAAGAAAUUGGUCGGUUUCAACAAAACUCCAGAUCCUUAAAAGACUACUAUUCGAUGCUUCGGGGUAUGUGGGAUGAGUUGGAUAUGUAUCAGCCUCUUCCUUCCAAAUGUAAAGAGGAUCAUGAACAUGCUUAUAAGCAACGGGAUGAUACUCGUAUCAUGUAGUUCCUUGCUAGGUUGAGUUCUGAUUAUCUUCACGUUCGCGAUCAGGUUGUUAUGCAGGAUCCUCUUCCCCCAUUGACGACAGUCUAUGCCAUGUGUCAGCGUGCUAUGAUCUCUACUCUUCCUUCUCAUUCAUUUGUGCCACCCGAGCGUUCGGCACAUCUUGUUGGCGAUCAGUCCUCCCUUGGUCUUCGGGUACCAUCCUUGAGCUCAGGGCGCAUUUCUGGUUUUGGUGGUCGUGGUAGAGGCUGCGAUUUAGAUCGCAGUCGUGGCGGCCGUAGUCUUCGUGGUCAUGGUGGACGUGGACGAGGACGUGAUGGUUCCCGCAUUUGUUCACAUUGCGGUGUAACUAAUCACACUAUUGAUUAUUGCUGGCAGCUACAUGGUCGUCCUACUUAUGCCGCUGCUUCUGUUGCUUCCACUGUUGCUUCUGAGACCCAGUCUUCCACCCCGACAGUUGAGCAGUUUACUUCAGGGGAGUCUCUUAUUAUUUCUCGGGCGGCAUAUGAUGCCCUUAUGCGGCUUCACAUUCGGGAUAUUCCUGAGCCUUCUCAUGCAGCUUCGGCCCGGUCAGGUACCGCCCUUCUUGCGUCAUCCUCUCCUACCUCCUGGGUCAUUGACUCUGGAGCUUCCUCCCAUAUAACUGGACCUACAGACGAAGAGAGUGAUUGGUGGGGGGCAUGAGCGAGGAGGCGUUUAUCUUCUCGAUGAUACACCUGUUGCCGCUUCUAGUACCCUUUCUCUAGAUCGAGAGUCCAUGACUCGGUGGCAUUGCCGCUUAGGCCACCCAUCCAUUGCUAGAUUGAGACUUUUGUUUCCCUCCUUAUCUGUCACUAAACCAUUAUGCUGUGAUAUUUGUGAAUUGUCUAAACAUCAUCGUGCUACGUUUCCUCCUAGCUCUUUUGGGAGGAAAUCUCAACCUUUUCUUCUGGUUCACUCGGAUGUUUGGGGACCAGCUUCGGUUACCUCGACUUUUGGAUUUAGAUAUUUUGUUACCUUUAUUGAUGAUUA